UCCCUCCAGGAUUUUACUGUAUUUGGAGGUAGUUUAUCUGGAGCUCAUGCCCAGAAGAUCUGCAAGGUCAUGGAUCAAGCUGCCAUGGUUGGAGCACCUGUGAUUGGGCUGAAUGACUCUGGAGGAGCCCGUAUCCAGGAGGGAGUGGAGUCCUUGGCUGGCUAUGCAGAUAUAUUUUUGAGAAAUGUUCUGUGUUCUGGGGUAGUUCCACAGAUCUCCCUCAUUAUGGGUCCUUGUGCUGGUGGAGCUGUGUAUUCGCCUGCUUUAACAGAUUUCACGUUCAUGGUGAAGGAUACAUCCUAUCUGUUCAUCACUGGCCCAGAUGUCGUUAAGUCUGUUACCAAUGAAGAUGUCACCCAAGAGCAGCUUGGGGGUGCGAAGACACACACUGCUGUAUCCGGAGUCGCACACAGAGCCUUUGAGAACGAUAUAGAUGCUUUACUUAAUCUCCGAGAGUUCUUCAAUUAUUUACCUCUUAGCAACCGUGAUCCAGCUCCAGUCUGUGAAUGCCAUGAUCCCAGUGACCGUUUGGUUCCUGAGCUGGACACAGUUGUCCCAACUGAAUCUACUAAAGCCUAUGAUAUGCUGGAUAUCAUACACUCCAUUGCUGAUGAAAGGGAAUUCUUUGAGAUCAUGCCUUCCUAUGCCAGAAACAUUGUUGUUGGAUUUGCCAGGAUGAAUGGACGAACUGUUGGGAUAGUGGGCAACCAACCCAAAAUAGCAUCAGGGUGCUUAGACAUAAAUUCUUCUGUGAAAGGAGCUCGCUUUGUUCGUUUCUGUGAUGCCUUCAACAUACCUCUGAUUACUUUUGUGGAUGUUCCUGGAUUUUUGCCAGGUACAGCUCAGGAGUAUGGUGGAAUCAUACGUCAUGGUGCAAAACUACUGUUUGCCUUUGCAGAAGCAACUGUGCCUAAAAUUACUAUCAUCACCAGAAAGGCCUAUGGGGGCGCCUAUGAUGUGAUGAGUUCAAAGCAUUUAAGAGGAGAUGCAAAUUACGCCUGGCCUACUGCAGAGGUGGCAGUGAUGGGUGCAAAGGGUGCUGUCCAGAUCAUUUUCAGAGGAAAAGAGGCAGAUGCAGAGGCAGAAUAUGUGGAUAAGUUUGCAAACCCCUUUCCCGCAGCCAUGAGAGGGUUUGUUGAUGAUAUCAUCCAACCUUCGAGCACCCGCAUGCGCAUCUGCCAUGACCUAGAUGUGCUGGCUAGUAAAACACAGUCCAGUCCGUGGAAGAAACAUGCUAAUAUCCCGCUGUGAGUGUGAGGAGUGGCUUUGCCGUGCUGGAAGACGUGGCAGUAUUCUGAACACCAAUACUCUCUAAGUGGAGGUCUACUUUACAAUGAAAAUAUUUCUUUUCAUUUUGAUUUUGCUAAUGACCAUCAAUAAAUCAUAGUACAUAUCUCAUUUAAU